GCUAAGUGCUGGAUGCUCCAUUUCUUCACGAAAGGCGAAAAAUCCAACGUUUGCAGUCCCUGGGACAGGAAAUUAUACAUCCAGAAUGAGAAUCUGCUGACAGCAACGACUACUUCAUUUCCACCACAGAACUAAACAUCCCGCACUACCUGCAGCUUAGGCUCCUUGACUCCUCCUUUAAGGCGGGGCCUAUCCCACAGGACCACGCCUCAAUAUGGCGGCGCCCAUUCCAGCAAGUAAUGUUUAUACUUUCCGCGACGCCCGGGCGGUUCCAGACCCGGUUUACAGCCCGGUAUCACAAGGACCGGCGGUGUUGGUGUUGGAUAAUGGUUCCUUCCAGCUGCGGGCGGGUUGGGCAGGGGCCGGGCCGGCGUUACAGCUCCGCUCGGUGGUGGCUCGGAGCCGUGGGGGUCCCCGCAGUUUAAGCCGGGUGGGCAAUGAUAUCCCCAGCCUUGAGCCUCUCCGCUGGCUCCUCCGGACUCCGUUCGACCGCAAUGUGCCGGUGAAUUUAGAGCUGCAGGAACUGCUCUGUGAUCACGUGUUCCAGAAGCUGGGCAUCGCCUCAGAGGGCUGUGUGGAUUAUCCUAUUGUAUUCACGGAAGCGCCGUGCACUCCCCUUCACGUGAGGCAGAUGGUGUCCGAGCUCCUCUUUGAGUGUUACCGGGUGCCCAAGGUGUCCUUUGGCAUCGAUGGGUUGUACAGUUUCUAUCACAACAACAAGGACCUGUCCCCGGCCAGUGGGCUUGUGGUGUCCUCUGGCUACCAUUGCACUCACAUACUACCUGUCCUGAGAGGGAGGUUGGAUGCCAAGAAUUGUAAAAGGAUUAAUAUUGGAGGAUUCCAUUCUGUUACCUACCUUCAGCGCCUGCUUCAGUUAAAGUACCCAGGGCAUGUGCCUGCCAUCACUCUGAGCCGCAUGGAGGAGAUCCUGCAUGAACAUUGCUAUGUUCCUGAAGAUUACAUUGAUGAGCUCAGAAAGUGGCGCUGCCCUGACUACUAUGAAGAAAACGUACAUAAAAUGCAGCUGCCGUUUUCCACAAAGCUGCUCGCCAGUGCCAUCCCCUCGGAGGAGAAGCAGGAACGCAGGCAGCAGCAGCUGAAGCGCCUACAGGAGUUGAAUGCACGCCGGCGGGAAGAGAAGCUGCAGCAAGACCAGGAGCGGCUAGAGAGGCUGCUGUAUGUGCAGGAACUUUUGGAAGACGGGCAGGUGGAGCAGUUCCACAAAGCGCUGGUAGAGCUGAACAUGGACUCAGCAGAGGAGCUCCAGUCUUACAUACACAAACUAGGCAUGGCCGUCGAGCAGGGAAGGCAGCGGGUACUGGGGGAUGCAUUGGACAGCAAACCACAGACACCAGAGCAAGUAGGAGGAGAGCAGGAUGAGAUGGAGGGGAUCUCAGAGGUGGAACCUGCCUAUACUGAGGACCAGGUGGAGACAGAGAAGGCAGCUCCUGUUGUCCAGAAUAUGUUUAACAUGGCAGAAUACCACCAGAUGUAUUUGGGCACAGAGAGAAUCCGUGUCCCAGAAAUCCUGUUCCAGCCAUCACUGAUGGGAGAAGACCAGGCCGGCCUGGCUGAAACGUUGCAGUAUAUAUUGGAUCGGUACCCCCAAGAGGUGCAGCAGGAGCUGGUGCAGAAUGUGUUCCUGACAGGGGGCAAUGUUAUAUAUCCCGGGAUAAAGGGGAGGAUGGAGAAAGAGCUGGUGCAGAUAAGGCCGUUUGGCUCCAGUUUUCAGGUUUCCCUGGCUUCUCAUCCUGUGCUGGACGCCUGGCAAGGUGCAUCGGGUUGGGCCCUGCAGAAUGUAGACUGCGAGGAGGGAUGGGUCAGUCGCAAGGAAUAUGAGGAGAUGGGGGGAGAGUACUUGAAGGAGCAUGUGGCUUCCAACCGAUUCAGUGAAAUCCAGCUGCCCAAGCCUGCUUCCCGGAGCACGCCAGCGACAAACCAAGAGACUGAGACCAAUCCGCUUACUACUGCUGGCCCAGCGCAGCCCUGAAAUGAGUGUGUACUGUGUCAAGUACAGGUCCACUACUAGCACUAGAGAAGGCAGGGGCUAGGAUGGUGCUGGUCCUGGAACUACUGAGGUCCUGUAACAUCAGGAGCUACAUCUGGUAAAUGGCCUUAACAAGGCCAGUGGUAAAUGGCUUCUGAAUGGCCUUGUGAUGUAGGGUUCACUUCUUACAUCUGCUUAUCAUGAGUGCAUGUGGUGGCUAGGACAGAUGGAACUAGCCAACAAGCUGUCCUGGGCUACCGAGUUCUGCUAGGCCUGCGUAGAGUUGUCUGACAUCUCUUGGUGUUUUAUAGCCCUAAGUAACUGUAAUUAGCCACCAGUUAUACUACCUGCGACGUUUCUAACAUAAGAUCUAUUUUCCUUUGUAUAUUUAUUUUUGUUAAUAAAACAAAGACCGUA